GGUGAGCAUAAGAGACAAAAACAUAAAAAAUAAAUAAAUAAAUAAAUAAAUAAAAAAAGCAGAGUAGAUUCUAUAUGUUGAUUAUUCUGAGAAUAAUUCAACCUGAAUUUUAUUUCUCUUUCCCUUCCGUCUUUAUAGAUCAUUGGUACGAUCCCUCUGAUGCCAAACUCUGUAGGACCUUCCAGCCAAUCAGGGGGCGGCACUCCCUCACUACAGGUCCAGCCAAUCACACCACAGCUGCUGACCAAUGCACAGGGUCAGAUUAUAGCCACUGUGAUUGGCAACCAGAUCCUGCCAGUUAUCAACACCCAGGGAAUCACACUGUCCCCCAUUAAACCUGGACAGCAGCUGUCACAGUCCGGUCAGACUUCACAGGCUCCUCCUGUGUCUCAGCCAAGUCUGCUCCGUAUGCCCCACAGCCAGAGCCCCCUUCGCCAGGCCUCUUCCUCCUCCUCAACUUCAUCAUCCUCAUCCUCGGCUCUCAGCGUCGGGCAGCUAGUCAGCAACCCUCAGACUGCCCCCAGUGAGGUGGAUGGUGUGAACCUGGAGGAGAUUCGAGAAUUUGCCAAAGCAUUUAAAAUUCGCCGGCUGUCUCUGGGUCUGACUCAAACUCAGGUGGGCCAGGCUCUCAGUGCAACUGAAGGCCCUGCCUACAGCCAGUCUGCCAUCUGCAGACACACCAUCCUGAGAAGCCACUUUUUCCUACCACAGGAAGCCCAAGAGAACACUAUAGCUAGCAGUCUGACAGGCAAACUGAACCCUGGCCUUUUAUAUCCUGCCAGGUUUGAGAAGUUGGACAUCACCCCAAAAAGCGCCCAGAAGAUUAAGCCUGUGCUGGAGCGCUGGAUGGCCGAGGCGGAAGCCCGCCAUCGCUCCGGUAUGCAGAACCUGACCGAGUUUAUCGGCAGCGAGUCCUCCAAAAAGCGCAAACGCCGGACCUCUUUCACACCGCAGGCCCUGGAAAUCCUCAACAGCCACUUUGAGAAGAAUACUCACCCCUCCGGUCAGGAGAUGACAGAAAUCGCAGAGAAACUGAACUAUGAUCGCGAGGUGGUGCGCGUCUGGUUCUGCAAUAAGAGGCAAGCUUUGAAAAACACUAUAAAGAGGCUGAAACAGCCCGAGCUCGGACCGGUCGCACCAAUGGACCCUCUGGUUGAUAAUUUGGAGGAACACCCUUAGCUUGACACGAACAGCAUGUGGCGAACGCGCACCGAUGGCGAAACUUCUGAUGUUGUGGACUUAAAGACCUGGACGAUUACUAUCCAAUGCACCAUCGAAAUGGAUGAACUGUUGACAACGACAAAAAGAAAUAGUGUCAGUGUUAUCAUCACAAAAGCAAAAACCAAACAAGUUCAGAAAAAAAGAGAGUUGUAUGAGAAUUAUAGUACUGAUUCAUAAGAAGUUUGUGAGUAAUUAAGAACAAGGAUCAUAUUAAAAUCAAGGAAGGUGAAGAAACUACUUACCAAAGUUUGUUGCAUCUGAUACCUGAGGUUUUUUUAUUGUAAAUGUUUUACAUUUUUACAUUUUUACUGGGGGGAAAAAUGGUAAAACAAAACCAAAAAAGAAAAAAAAGAUUUGUGUGAUGCGGUAGAUGGGUGUGACAUUUGAUCUUUGUCUUAUUUUAUCACUUGGGUUUUUAUGUAAAUAUUUCUGGUAAACUGUCAUCGAAUUGAAAUGACUGAUUCCAAAAAAAAAAAAAAAAAAUACUUUGAGAAGUUUAUUUCGAAAUUGUCACGUUUCUGCUGUCUGUAAGGCCAUCAUCAACUGUGUCAUCUCACUCUGUUCAUAAAUAUUAAGGCAUGAAAGAGUGCAUUUGGGAGGAAUAUUUUGCAAAGAGAUUCUCGGUGAACAUGCCACAGAUAUCCACAUACAUUGCAGCUGUGAUUUAAAGCUAUUUUAUGGUGUUACCAAAGCCUCCUAGCCAAAGAACAAGGACAUUGUGUCAUACCUUG